GUGAAAUCUCAGCGAAAUUGAAAUGGUUAAUUCCAACGUUGAAGGCUGAAACAAGCAAAAUGUUACAGUCAAUAUAAGAGAAGCUCGGUGUUACUCUUUGGUUUACUCUGGCUCCAAAAAGUGGCAGCCCCCGUACAUUUUAUGGGUUACCAAAAAUACACAAAGUUCCAUUACGUCCAACAUACAAACUCUCUAAAUACAUUUAUCGAAUUCUCAGCCCAUAUGAAAUGAAAGUGGAGCAUGGAGUGAAGAAUUCGUAUGAAUUUAAGAGGAAAAUAAAUUUGACUAAUACUGAAGAAGAUGAAAUAAUGGCAAGUUUCUGUGUUUAUUCAUUAUUCACGAAUGUACCGGUUAAUGAUUCUUUAAGUAUUAUUUAUAAUUUACUUUGUACUGACGACGAACUCAGUGGUCGUUGUCCUUUAAAUCCUGACGAAAUUAUGAAGGUAUUAGAAUUGUGUCUUCGAUCCACGUUAUUUGCGUUCAGAGGGGUUCUUUAUCGUCAAACAGGAGGCAUUGCUAUGGGAUCGCCAGUAUCUCCGCUAGUCGCCAAUCUGUUUAUGCACUCAUUAGAAACAAAUGCAAUUAUGAGAUGCCUUAGUCCCCCAAAGAUGUGGUUAAGAUACGUAGAUGAUACAUUCAUCAUAAUCAAACGUAGUUUGUUAAAUGAACUUUUUCACUUAAUGAACAAUAUGUCAGAAACCAUCAAGUUUUCCAAAGAGGUUGAAUCCGAUGAAAAUGAGUUGGCGUUCCUGAACUGUUUAGUAGGAAGAAAAUUAUAUGGGAAAUCUAAAAUAAACAUUUUCAGAAAGCCGACAAAUUCGGAUAGAUACAUAGAUUAGAUACUAUUCAGCUCAUCCAUUUACCACCAAAGUAACUGUGGCCAAGAAUCUGAUCAACAGAGCCAAAAGUCUAGUUACUGAGGAGGAAGAUAUUAGCAAGGAACUAAAAUUGGUUCAACCCACUCUUGAAUCAAAUAAUUAUCCUAAAGCCUUAAUAAAAAGAUAUUUAAAAUGUGAAGAUAAGGAUGGAUCGAAACCUGCUACUAAGAUUUGGGUUAGUACAGCGGUGAUCCCCUACCUCAAAUAAACAUCCGAUGAAAUAAAGCGAACCCUUAACGACCAUAACAUCAGAGUGUACUUUCGUACAUCUUACACCUUACGCUCAUUACAAGAAAACCAGUAGAACUGCCUAUACCAGAUCAAUUGUGGGGAUUGUAACGCAGUAUAUGCAGGAGAAACUUCCAACAGGUAAGACAGGUAAGAGUGAAAGAGCAUAAACAAUGUCUAAAGGUUGUUCCCAAGUCCUCUGCUGACUUGAAGAAGCUAGAAAACAACUCAGCGAUUGCAUUGCAUUCGAUAGAAACGGGACACAUAAUCGAC